AUGCGCGCCCUGCCAAACCUGGGAGGGUACAUCCAGCACUGCCUCACUGCCCCCAGCUACGAGACGGACAAGAAGCCGGGGCUCCAGCUGGUGCCCCCCGAGCCUGCCUAUGCCCCGGGCCAUGAGGAAUACAGCGACCCCGAGAGCCCCCAGUCGAGCCUCUCCGCCCGCUACUUCCACGGCGAGGCCGCCGUCACGGACAGCUACUCCAUGGAUGCCUUCUUCAUCACCGACGGCCGGUCCCGGCGGCGCGGGGAGAGCCCGCGGCGGGGCAGCCACCGCCACGGCUGCAGCCAGUGCGGCAAGACCUACGCCACCUCCUCCAACCUGAGCCGGCACAAGCAGACGCACCGCAGCCUGGACAGCAAGAUGGCGCGGAAGUGCCCGACCUGCGGCAAGGCCUACGUGUCCAUGCCGGCCCUGGCCAUGCACGUGCUGACCCACAACCUCAAGCACAAGUGCGGCGUCUGCGGCAAGGCCUUCAGCCGGCCCUGGCUGCUGCAGGGCCACAUGCGGUCGCACACGGGCGAGAAGCCCUUCGGCUGCGCCCACUGCGGGAAGGCCUUCGCCGACCGCUCCAACCUGCGCGCCCACAUGCAGACUCACUCGGCCUUCAAGCACUUCAAGUGCAAGCAGUGCGAGAAGACCUUCGCCCUCAAGUCGUACCUCCACAAGCACUACGAGUCCGCCUGCCUCAAGGGCUCCGAACACGGCUGCGCCCUGGAGAACUGAGCCCCGUGGCCCGGGGGAGGGCAGGGGACCGGCGGGUGGAGAAGAGGAGCCGUCGUGGGCCGGCC